GUUGUGUCAUCCUCUAGAAAGAUAACUAAUGGCGACAAAAAAAAUUUCAUAUGUUUUAAUACUUUCGUUGUUGAUGUUUGCUUUCAUCAUUUUGCCCAUGAUUUCAGGGCAAUAUUACAAAUGCAAGCAUGAUGGAUGUAAAAGCACACCGAUAUGUGAUAGAAAAUGCUUGGCUAUGGGAUACCCGUUAGGAGGAGUGUGUCGCAUAUAUAGUUAUGGUGGUGAUUGUUGUUGUGAACUCAGUUCUAAACCUCCUUACUAAUUCAUUUCUUUCAUUAUAUAUGUACUCAC